GCGUGAUAUUGCAGCUUUAUCUGUAUUUUUAUUGGAGUAUCAGUGGCUCAUCAUUGCAAAACACCUGUUAACGGCAACAUAUAUAAUUCCCCUCUUACUACCUUCCAGCAGCUCAAUGAUUGGGACUUACCUUCCGAAUCUUUCUUCUCUAGUGUCCUAUAACAUCCAUCUCAAGUGCAUUCAACAAGAUGGGCUUCAAAUUUCUUCUGAUUACAAACCUUUCAUUCUUUUUUGCUGCUGUUACAGUCUCUGGGCUUGAUACCUGUACUGCAGGUGGUGAUGCAGUACAGUGCUGUGCCGCUGGUGGCUUCCCGAUCCCAGGAGCUCCCCCUACUAAGCGAACAUCCCGCCGGGGUCUGUUUACCCGUGAUGCAGCUUGCCCUACCUCAAUUCAGUGUUGUGAGAAACAAGUUACAACUAAGGUGACAACUGUUUCUCCGGGAACGGGACCCAUACAGUGUGGGAAUGGUUUCGAUCCUAACACGGACAAAUUGGACUCGUCUACCGCAAAGUUCGAGAUUGUUAAAUGCAAUACCUUCCCCGCAUUGAGUACAUCGACUGAGGAUUGCUUGAAGGUUUCGGCCGGUCCGAUCUUUGAUAACAAUAAUGUGGAACAGCCUCUCACUAACUACCACCUUGCUAUUGACGACGGUCCAAUUUCUGGCCCUCCUGGGCUAUACGAUAUUACCCAUAACCAUGCGGAAUGGUGCGACCAGCCAACGGCAUCCACUGUUGAGUGUUUUGUACCCUUCAGCUACCUCGAAUCACAAAUCUCUCCGCCUCCUUCUGAUUUAUGUCACGCCAAUAUGAACCUUGCAUUGAAUGUGGACAUUGCCUCGGCUACAUGCUCAAUUACGGGAGGUACUCUAACUGGGACGGGCAGCUUCUUCCAAUAUAUUCCAAUCGCGUUCUCGUGUCAGGACACAACUACCUGCCAGACACAGUGCUGCUGCCCUCCACCCGCGACGUCUAAGAAGCCCUGCGCUGUCGGCAGCGCGUACGCCCGGUCGAGCAAGUCUCUUACUGACCUUGGGUGUGGGCACUGGGGCUGGUAUUUCACGGGUGUGACGAGUAGCUUCUCCGCUGAUCUGGUACUGGGCCAAACUACAGUUAUCGGCACUGUGGACGUCACCAUUAGCGGCAACACUGUCAGCUGGGUCUACAAAGUCGGGCCCGAUUAUGGAGUCAUUGAAGGACAUGCUGAUGUGAUUUGUGGAGGCGCUCAACUCCAACAUACAACCCCUCCAAAAACCGGGGAUGCUUGCGUCCCUGGCAAAUUUACAAAGAACUCUGGUUGUUUAACACCUGCUUCAGGUAGUGGCUGGUCAAGCAGUUACACAUGCAGUAAUGGCGGGCCAUACUCACUUGUCUUCCAUGCCAAGAUCGCCAAAUUUGUCGAUUCCACCAGCACCGAAACAUGCAAUCCUGUUGUUUGCCCAGACUCAAGUGAUUAAGAACCGUUCCAGUUGUACUGGCAAUGGCAAUUUAUUUACCAAGGAAAUUGACUGCCAGAAAAGUUCUGCAACUGCUGUUGAUUGGAUGUUUUACUGAUCUGUGUUUCUCAAAGUUACUCUAUUGAGUGGAUUUACUGUAUUAAUGAUAUAAUAGUCAUGUAUCUAUAUGUAGUAUAUGAGAAGCUGAGCCCUAGUCCACAGGAUGUGGCCAAUUGAUGUAAAAAACGGUCGAAGCAGAAUCUCCAAUCAAUGCUUUCUACAAUGUUU